UGGCCGCGUCCUGACAAAUGUCACAUUUCUUCAGUUGCUGUAAACACAGUUAUUAACGUUGCUUUUAUCACCCGUCCAGCGAAAAGAAAAAACAAGCACACUGGGAAGGUUUUGCGUCACUCUGUUCAACAUCUGCAGAGGAUAAUCGAGCCAACACCAUGGUUCAUUUAUCAUCACUCCUGCUUAAGAACUACCACGGAGGUUACGUUGUCAUCCGAUUUGCUCUUGCAGGCCACAAACAAGCUAACAGACCUUUUUAUCGAAUCGUGGCAGCGUACAACAAAAGGGCAAGAGAUGGUAAAUAUUUAGAGCAGCUUGGUACCUACGACCCCCUGCCCAACAUCUACAAUGAGAAACUUGUCAGUUUCAACUUCGACCGAAUCAAGUACUGGAUCGGUUGUGGCGCACAUCCUACAAAGCCAGUGGCCAAACUUCUAGGGUUGGCAGGAUUUUUCCCUCUGCACCCAAUGACGAUAACAGAGUCAGAGCGUCAGAGAGCACAGACAGAGCUGAUGGCAACAGAAGAUGUUCUGCAGGAGGGACAGAAGGAGGCGGAAGUGUGAGAACUAAAGCGUGUGCGUGUGCGUGUGCGCGUGCGCGCGCGCGUGUCCCCCCCCAAAAAGAUGUUGCCGUUCUUUGGGGGGAACUAAUCUAUUUGUUUCCGAACUUGUUAUGUGGACUGCUUUUAAGCAAUAUCAGAUUGACAUAAUGUAUUUUGAAUUGACAAUUCUUAAUAAAGCUAAUUUUCUGUUCUGUUAUAUUUGACAAUAUUUGGUUAAGAAGCAGACUUUUUCUAUUGUUCUCUCUCUAUGUUCAAGAACUUUUAUGAAAACAAUAUUUUUACUUUGAACUUUACUCAUGGGGUGUUAUCGUUUUUCUUUCUUUUGUCUGCAUUUGUGUUGAAAUUAAUAAAUAGUGAAUAGUCUGUAGUCUAUGCCAAAAUAAACAAACAUGACCUGG